CAUGCAAAUGACCCGCAGGAGCCGAACAGGCUGCGUUAGCUUCACGGUGCUGACGUUAGCCUCCUGGAUGUUUACUCCGCCGUUAACGAGCUCGGAUACCGGGGACCGACAUCCAUGAACCCAUCCAGGGUCUCCAGAAGCUCACACACAGCCCCGUGACAUCGACACACAGCCCCCCCCCUGCACCGGGCCUCCCUGCCGGAAGUGGUGACUCUUCCUUCCUGACAACCUGCUCCGCCUGCCUUCCCCCUACUCUGCCCCCCCCCCCCACAGUCCUGAUCGGGUCUCGGUGCUGCCCGUGGUGGAUCGGAGCACUCUGAUUGGAGGCUUUGCGAGGUGGUUUUUCGGUCUGGCGCCGCCUCCCCCGGGCCGGCGUGCGCUCCCAGCAGCCCGUGGUGCCCUGCGCCCCCCCCUCCCCGUCACUGCACACCAGAGCCCAUGCCCAAGGAGGAGGCGCGGUGCGUCCGCCCGGAGCCAUGUGCCUCCCUCACACCAACAUCAUGGACAACAAGUUACAGGGGGUGGGGCAAGGGGGAGGGGCUGCACUACGACCACGGCCAGGAGGCGUCCCACUGGAGCCCUUCAUACACCAGGUGGGAGGACACACCAGUAUGAUGCGCUAUGAUGACCACACGGUGUGUAAGCCUCUGAUCAGCAGAGAGCAGCGCUUCUACGAGUCUCUGCCUCCAGAGAUGAAGGAGUUCACUCCGGAGUAUAAAGGUGUGGUGCUGGUUUGUUUCGAGGGCGACUCGGACGGCUACAUCAACCUGGUGGCCUACCCCUACGUGGAGAGCAACAUGGAGGGGGGCACGGCGGAGCACGAGGAGCGCGACCCCCCCGAGAGGGAGCAGCCGAGGAGGAAACACUCGCGGCGCAGCCUCCAUCGCUCCUCCUCCUCCUCGGAGCACAAGGAGGAGCGUCCCGACAGGAGGGAGUCGCACGACACCGAAGCGUCUGAUACCCUCGCAGAGCUGAAGAGUCCCCGGCUCGACCCAAAGAUCCACUCAGACGUUCCCUUCCAGAUGUUGGACUGGAACAGCGGUCUGAGUUCAGAGAAGAUCAGCCACAACCCCUGGAGCCUCCGCUGCCACAAACAGCAGCUCAGCCGCAUGAGGUCCGAAUCCAAGGACCGCAAACUCUUCAAGUUUCUGCUGCUGGAGAACGUGGUCCACCACUUCUCGUACCCGUGCAUCCUGGACCUGAAGAUGGGCACCAGGCAGCACGGCGACGACGCCUCCGAGGAGAAGGCGGCGAGGCAGAUGAAGAAAUGUGAACAGAGCACCUCAGCGUCGCUGGGAGUCAGAGUCUGUGGCAUGCAGGUGUACCAGCUGAACACCGGUCACUACCUCUGCAGGAACAAGUACUACGGCCGCGGCCUGUCGAGCGACGGCUUCCGUCAGGCCCUCUACCAGUACAUGCACAACGGAAAGGGUCUGAGGCAGGACCUCUUUGAGCCGAUCCUCAAUAAGCUUCGGAACCUGAAGGCGGUGCUGGAGAGGCAGGCGUCCUACCGCUUCUACUCGUCUUCACUGCUCAUCAUCUAUGAGGGAAAGGAACCUGAGGGCCCCUCAGUCUUCAGCUCUGGGCAACAUGCAGCGAUGCACCUGAAGACCCCUGCGGCCCCCACAGAGCCCCACCGUGGCCCCGGCCCCCACGCACCCCCGGCCCCCGACGCUCCCUGUGAAACGGACAUGAGCCAGAACCCAGACCCCGGGCCACCGUCCUCUCAGGGACCUGGACUGAUGGCCAAGCCCUCGUCCUCCCCUCGUCCUCCCCCACAGGCCCCGCCCUCCAAGUCAGACUGCCACUUCUUCCACCCUCCUCUCCCCUCGCCUCACCCACAUCCAGACUCCUCCUCACCUGCUCCCGGCUUAAUUUCCUUCCCCCCUCAUCCUCCUGCUCCCGCCUCCCAGCCCCAGCAGCCCCUGGUGGACGUACGUAUGAUCGACUUCGCCCACUCCACCUUCAAGGGUUUCCGCGGCGACACGGCCGUGCACGACGGGCCGGACCGGGGCUACGUGUUCGGACUGGAGAGCCUGGUCCAGAUCCUGGAGAGUCUGCAGGACGACAACUUGCCGUAGCUCGGAACACACACAGACACACCACACACACCACACACAGACACACACACACACAGACACA